CACCUCUGAAAAAGGUACACUAAAUUCGUGAUGAUCCAUCAAAGGUGCGCCGGCGUUUCCUCUGGUUUAAAUUUUCACGGGUCAUUGAUGCGUGGUCGGUUGCAAUUUGUACUGAUUGUUGACUCCCACGUUCCCCAUGCAAUAAAAGAGAGCCAAGCGGUGCUUGUAUUCAUCUUCACCCUUUAAUGUGCGUCUGCGGGUAUUUGCGCUUACAAUAAUAACCCGAAAUGUGGAAAAUGCAGCAAAUGAAAAUAUUUCUACUCCUGCUGUGUUGCACUGCAGUGCUUGCAGAUAAGAGGAAGAUGUUUAUGUUCCCAGGCUUCGGGGGAGGAGGAAAUGGCGGCUCCUUUGGUUCAGGCCAGGGUUCAGGGCCUCAGGGGAGCUAUUCGUGGGGUUGGGGUUCGAGUCCCGGUGCCGGCUGGGGUUUUGGUUCAGGCUCCGGCAGUUCCCCUUCAGGAGGCGGUGGAGGCUUUGGAUUUGGCUCUGGUUUCGGCUCUGGCUCUGGCUCUGGCUCUGGCUCUGGUUUCGGUUUCGGCUCUGGUUCCGGCGAGGGUUUUGGUUCAGGUUUUGGUUUCGGAUCCGGGUCGCCAAUCGGUCAUCCUUCUGAAAAGGACGGCGGAAACAAUUAAAGAAACUGCAGUUUAUGCAGUAGAUCGUAUGUACUAGUACGGAUGUAUAGAUAGAAUGCUUAUAUAUGGUGCUUUCAAAGCGAGAAUAAAGCAGGGUGCCAUUAUAGGCGCUCUUCAGUAUUCCUUAUAGCUCUGUCUGAAUUUGUUUUUCAGGGGGUUUCUGUGUUUUUGUUAUAUUAUUAUAUGUAUUUUGGAAAUGGAUUUGAAUUUAUGAUAAGGCUAUUCGAAAGGCAA